AUGAAGAAUGAAGACAUUUUUGAUUAUAUAAAAAUCCAGAAGUGGCUCAAAGUUUAUGCGGAGAAGAUCAUGUUAUCAAAGGUGCUUCAGUGUCAGUUUCAAGUGCAGCCCCGAAAAUUAAAAGCAAAUCUAAUCAAAAUUGGAAAGAUGACUCUUAUGGACCAAACUGGGAUGGAAAUCGAUCAGGGCCACCUGGUGGCUCUAGCAAUGGAGGCGGUCCUGGAAACUCUGGGCCAAACAACUGGCAAGGUGGACCACCACAAGGCAAUACUGGCAAAAAUUGGAAUGGCCAAAAUUGGGGUCAAAAUGGACCACCACAAUCAUGGAACCAAGGUGGGGGCCAGGGUUGGAAUAAUGGUAAAGGCAACUGGAAUCAAGGAAAUUGGUCUAACGGGCAAGGGAAUUGGGGAGGUAGUGGCGGGAGCGGGUCUGGUCCAACUGGCUCAAGCAGCGGAUGGAAUAAUAACAAUAAGCCCCAAACAUGAGGUGAGACAUCUC